GUUUUCAGAUGGCUGUAUAAGUUUAGAACAGAAGACAGCUGAGGAAAAAAAGGAAGCUCACCACUGGUUCAGUGGUACUUUGGAUUUUGGUUUUCUUCCCCAAUUCACCUGCUACUGUUUACUUCUCAAGGCCUUCAAAUAAUUGCUUCAUGCUUUCUGUUCAGGUUUAUCAGUGGAAGAGACAAGGUGGAAUAGGCCUACUCCACCUUAUCAGGAAGAGGAUCCUCUACUUUGGUUUUAAUUUGAUCUUUGUCUAACUUCUUAAGGUGGAAACAUAGGUCACGGAUUAUGGGCCAUUCUUAUUUACUGUUAAAACAUUUAAAGCUCCUUCUGCAGGCAGGAGAGUCAGCUAGCCACCCAAGAAAACAUCAUGAAAGAUACCGAUAUCAAGAGACUACUGUAUACCCAUCUUCUAUGCAUAUUUUCAAUUAUCCUAAGUGUCUUCAUUCCAUCACUCUUCUUGGAGAACUCCUCAAUAUUGGAAACACACUUGACAUGGUUGUGCGUCUGUUCUGGUUUUGUAACUGCUGUCAGUCUAGUACUAUAUUUAGUAGUGAAACCAAAUACAUCCUCUAAAAGAAGUUCAUUAUCACACAAGGUAACCAGAUUUUUGAAAUGCUGUAUCUACUUUCUUAUGUCUUGUUUCUCCUUUCAUGUAAGUUUUGUUCUAUAUGGAGCACCACUAAUAGAGUUGGCAUUGGAAACAUUUUUAUUUGCAGUUAUUUUGUCUACUUUUACUAUUGUGCCUUACUUAUGUUUGUUAGGACCAAACCUCAAAGCAUGGCUAAGAGUUUUCAGUAGAAAUGGAGUUACAUCCAUAUGGGAGAAUAGUCUCCAGAUCACUACAAUGUCUAGUUUUGUAGGAGCAUGGCUUGGAGCACUUCCUAUUCCUUGACUGGGCAAGAGCAUGGCAGGUAUGGCCCAUCUCCUGUACGCUUGGAGCGACCUUUGUCCACGUGGCUGGCCUUG